AUGAGAGGCAAAUCAAGAGGUGUCGACUUCAGAAACGGGCCGCCAGUCCACUGGGCAGUCGCUGGCGAGUUCGGGACCCGAACCCACUUCGUUCUAAACGAGUCUGACCCAUCGUCGGCCCACCUGUCAGUUGAGAAGGUGGCUCACCACGACGAGGGAAUGUAUAGGUGUAGAAUAGACUAUGUGGACAGCCCUACCAGGAAUUAUAGGGUGAAUUUGACUGUUAUAGUUCCGCCAGAAUCGCCUCGGAUAUACGACUCCGAGGGCAGAGAAAUUCUAGGCCCGAUUGCCGGACCUUUUAGGGAAGGUCAGGAUUUGCUGCUGUCCUGCGCAGCCGCUGGAGGCAAACCCCCACCAGACGUAUCCUGGUGGAAUGGCAACGACCGGCUGGCCAUCACAAAAGGAGGGUCCGUAUGCCAACUUCUACUCCAGAGUUUAUCAAGGGAGACCUCAGGAACACGACUCCAUUGCAAAGUGGAACCCCCACUGUUGCAGCCGAUAGUUAGGGAGGUCACGGUGAAAUUGUUUUUGAAGCCACAAUUCGUCCGGGUGUCCGGCAAAGGCGCCGUCCGGGCCGGACAGGACCGGUCCUUCGUAUGCACUACGCGUGGCUCCAAGCCACCGCCGAACAUCGAUUGGUUCAUCAACUCGCAGCUCGUCGACUCCACUUUGACUCAGAUGGACGUCGACGGCGACGUGACUAAGAGCGAGCUAACAUGGCACGUCAGGAGAGAAGACAGUGGCAGGCAGCUGGUCUGCCGUGUCUCCAACCCCUGGUUCCCUGCCUACACGCUGGAAGACUCUGUGAUGCUUGAUGUCAUGUGCAGAGUGACUAAGAGCGAGCUAACAUGGCACGUCAGGAGAGAAGACAGUGGCAGGCAGCUGGUCUGCCGUGUCUCCAACCCCUGGUUCCCUGCCUACACGCUGGAAGACUCUGUGAUGCUUGAUGUCAUGUGCAGAGUGACUAAGAGCGAGCUAACAUGGCACGUCAGGAGAGAAGACAGUGGCAGGCAGCUGGUCUGCCGCGUCUCCAACCCUUGGUUCCCUGCCUACACGCUGGAAGACUCUGUGAUGCUUGACGUUAUGUGUUGA